GCUAGUGAAACGCAGUAAAGUGGAUUCGUUACGCCUCGUGGCCUAUGCAAUUAACUGCGCAUACAUAGAGAAAUGUAAUUUAGUUUCAUUGCGCCGUUUUCCCUGCUUGAACAUAACCAGAUCAACCACUUGUCCAUUAAACAACAUAUCCAAAAACAAGAGUAUUUGUCCAGCCACUAUUUGGGUACCACGACUGAGAAACGAUGCGUCAUUGCGAAGGAUUAACGGUAUCUCUGUUCCUAGUAUACGUCGGGUUAUGUAAAACCUACGGAAAAUACAUGAUAGGUGGUCUUUUUCCGGAAGGGUACAUGCACAACCAAACGAUGAUAUCAUACAAGAGGGCGCUUAUCCAGCACAAUGUACGAAGUAACUCCACCCUUCACAAAUACCAAAUCGCAGCCUUAUCUGACAGGGGUGACUUAUCGGAUAGUUUCGUGGUGUCUGGGCUAAUAUGCAAAUGCUUCAAUACAUGUAAAUACAUAAAAAAUACAGGACCGUUAUGUUUUGCGGCAGUAGUACACUCCAACACUGUGCAGACGAUGGCCUCCUACAGUACUGCGUUUGCAGUUCCAUUUAUCACGCCCAGUUUCGCCAAGACCGAAGCGUUGAACAAGGACAAUCUGGAUUUCAUGGUGUCGGUGAGGCCACCACUCAUAGACGCCCUCAUCGACCUGAUGAAGUUUAAAAAAUGGAAUGCAUUUGCUUACUUUUAUGGUCAUGACGAAGCUUUAUUUAGGCUCCAGGCAUUGAUAGAAAGGCUUUCACUGAAAGAUUUCAACGUGGCAUUUCGUAGGAUCGGCGAUAGAAAUGAAAUCGAGGCUGCACUAAGGGAGUUGAUGAGGCUAAAAAUCUACAAUAUUGUUAUCGACGCAGAUGUGCCGAUAACACAGUCAACAAUGGAGAUCGUCGAUGUGGUCGGUGUAAAUACAGCGUUGUAUACAUUUGUCCUUCUUCAGCUGGACUCGCAGACUAUCGAUAAAGAAAGCAUGAAGUAUCGAGGGGCGACCACCUUGGCGUUUAGACUCUCCUUCCAGACCACAGACAUCAUCUACAAAGGACUUGAGGAGAAAUGGGAGAAGCACAGGAAGCUUCAUCCUGAUGCUUUUAAAAAUCAGGGAACUUUGCUGGCAACAGCAAUUCUCACUUAUGAUAUGGUUGACACGAUUGUAGAAGCUUUGCGAUUGGCUGAGGAGAAAAACGUAAGCCUAAUUGCGCCACCACAGAACUGUCAAGAAAAAGUAGCUUGGUCGAGAGGACCAUUGAUGCUGGAGUACAUGAAGAAGGUUGACAUACAAGGGCUUUCAGGAAGAAUUGCUUUCAAUGCCAUCGGAGAUCGAACCAACUAUACCCUUGAUGUGCUUAGGCUUCGGGGUACAGGACUUGUUAAGAUUGGUGUUUGGAAUUCUAGUUUGACGGAAGCUGAAAGACAGAAAGUUUUUAGCACACCCGAUAAUAACGAAACACUUCAAAAUCGUACCUUUACAGUUACGUCAAUUUUGGAAAAACCAUUUCUAAUAAAAAAGGUAGGGACAACUCCAGCGGACGGUAACGAGCAAUACGAGGGAUACUGUAAAGAUCUACUGGAUGAGCUCUCAAAACAUCUCAAAUUUAAAUAUAAAUUACAGCUUGUAAAGGACGGCGAGUACGGGACGUACGAUGAGACACUGGGCAGAUGGAAUGGGAUGAUUGGUGAAAUUAAAGACGGGACCGCAGACAUGGCUGUAGCCUCAUUAACUAUCAACGCACAGAGAGAGCGGGACGUCCUAUUCACGAAGCCGUUUAUGACGCUUGGAAUAAGUAUCAUGGUUAAAAAACCUCUAGACCCAAGUCCCGAUCCAUUUUCCUUCCUCCGCCCUCUAUCGACAGAAAUAUGGUUGUGUAUUAUAUUCGCCUAUACAGGAGUCAGCGUGGUACUGUUCCUGGUAAGCCGGUUCAGCCCAACAGAGUGGUAUACUGUCCGAGAGGAUGGGGAUGUUUCCCCAACACCAGUGGAAGACAGUUCAACAGAAGAAGAUGAACCAAAAACCAAUGACUUUGGAAUAUUUAACAGUCUAUGGUUUUCGAUGGGUGCAUUUAUGCAACAAGGUUGCGAAAUAUCUCCACGAUCCUUAUCAGGUAGGAUCGUUGGAGGCGUGUGGUGGUUUUUUACACUCAUCAUCAUCUCUUCUUACACCGCUAAUCUGGCCGCGUUUCUAACUGUUGAGCGGAUGGAUUCACCGAUCGAAUCCGCUGAAGAUUUAGCAAAACAAACAGAUAUAACAUACGGGACACUGGCUUCCGGAGCUUCUUUUGAGUUUUUCAAGAACUCAAAGAUUCAUGUUUACGAACGAAUGUGGAAUUUUAUGCAAUCAACCGACCCGCCCCCAUUUGUCAAGACCAACCAACAAGGCGUCAACCGCGUACGCCAAUCAGAUGGAAAGUACGCCUUCCUUUUAGAAUCAACUGUCAACGAAUAUCACAACCAGCAGUUACCAUGUGACACGCUGAAAGUCGGUAGCAAUCUGGAUUCGAAAGGCUACGGUAUCGCUGUUUCCCCAAAUUUACCAAAGCUAAGAGAACAACUGACACUUGCUCUUCUGGAACUAAGAGACUGGAAUAAUACCUUACAACAUCUACAGAAAAAAUGGUGGUACUUCAAAGGAAACUGUGAUCCAACUGACUCCAAUUCCCAGGGUACAGCUAGCGCCCUCACACUGAGCAGCGUGGCUGGUGUGUUUUAUAUUCUCAUCUGUGGACUUGCUCUGGCAAUUAUUGUCGCCAUCUUGGAAUUUUGCAUGAGGAGUCGUAAACACAUGCGUCAGACAAGAAAGCCAAGCAAAUCUACGUCAUAUCCAACGAUCAGUAAAGCUAGCAUGGCAUUGCGGGACGACGAUCCAGCAAACCACCCGAUGCUGCAAACCAGAGAACAGAUGUUGAAGUUACAUGGAAUGGAGACACGUUGUAGUAACAGAAGACUCGGUCAAACUGAAGUGUAAACUACUGUCCAUCACGGAAGCAGUAAUUAGGCUUGCUUCCGAUCGUUGCUCGUAGUACACUGUAAUAAUAAGCGUAUUCAUGUAAUAAUAGUGUUGAGAAUUAAGUGCAACAUGCUUACAUUUUUACUUAUUAAAACACGUGAUACAUCUCAGCGUUGUGGAUUGAAGUCAGAUAUUAAAUACGUUUUGCCCCUUAGCUUGCGAGUUUACAGUAAUAUAUUGCGAUAGUAAAUCAGACUGAGACAAUAGGAGUAUAGCUAUAUUAAGAGAAAAAUAAACCAA